UAAACCCGUGCGAGGAUUCCAGAAGUAGGAGCAGUUUACGGAAGUGUAACGUUGAGGCCCUUCUUGUGUAUCUGGAGAAAAUAGAGAUACAGUCUUGCUCUCGUCGCCCAGGCUGGAGUGUAGUGGCGUGCUUGGCUCAACUGCAACCUCUGCCUUCUGGGCUCAAGUGAUUCUUGUGCCACGGCCUCCCGAGUAGCUGGAAUUACCAGCAGGUGCCACCUUGCCUGGCUAAUUUUUGUAUUUUUAGUAGAGAUGGGGUUUCACCAUGAUGGCCAGGCUGGUCUCCAACUCUGGCUCAAGUGGUCCACCUGCCUGAAGGGGGCCUGCCCCUCCACACCUGUGGGUAUUUUUUGCAAGGCGGAAAUGAGAGACUGAGAAAAGAAAUAAGACACAGAGAGAAAGUAUAGAGGAAGAAAAGUGGGCCCAGGGGACUGGUGUUCAGUAUAUGGAGGACCCACACUGGCACUGGUCUCUGAGUUUUGGGAACCCCUAUCAGAAAGACUGCUGUCACAUUUUAAUGCCUCUCUAGACCUGAUAAUUUAAAGGGAGUCACAUUCCUCAGGGUGUAUGUACAAAGACUUUUGAAGAGGUGUGGGAGCACACAUGAUUUAAAGGAAAACAAAGACCAGGUCCUCUCCUUGCUGAUUGUCUCUUUUCUAAAACGAAUCUGCCUAAGAGUUCACCGUCUCCUGAGGCUGGUGCUGUGGUGGGUCUCAUUUCCUACCUGCCUUCACAGUCCUUCCACGGAAACGUCACAGAGGAAAGGCAUACCUCCACCACAGUUCUGACUCCUCAGGAGCAAAAAACAUAACCUGAAGAGGGAGGAAGUGGAUUUGGACUUCACCAUUUCUAGGGGCACACUUGAUUGAAGACUGAGACUUCUGAAGAGAAGGCCAGAAGAUACAAAGGCAGACCAUCCCAGUUGAAUGCUGUCUUCCAAGAACAGAAGAAAAUGAUCCAGGCCCAGGAAUCCAUAACACUGGAGGAUGUGGCUGUGGACUUCACUUGGGAGGAGUGGCAACUCCUGGGCGCUGCUCAGAAGGACCUGUACCGGGACGUGAUGUUGGAGAACUACAGCAACCUGGUGGCAGUGGGGUAUCAAGCCAGCAAACCGGAUGCACUCUUCAAGUUGGAACAAGGAGAACAACCGUGGACAAUUGAAGAUGGAAUCCACAGUGGAGCCUGUUCAGGUUCUCCAAAGGCCCCGUUCUCCAUUUUCUCAUCUGUGCCCUUCACUCUUCAAAGUUGCCUUCAUUCUAACAUAUGGAAAGUUGAUCAUGUGCUGGAGCGCUUGCAGAGUGAAAGCCUGGUGAACAGAAGGAAACCAUGUCACGAACAUGAUGCAUUUGAAAAUAUUGUUCAUUGCAGCAAAAGUCAAUUUCUGUUAGGGCAAAAUCAUGAUAUAUUUGACUUACAUGGAAAAAGUUUGAAAUCCAAUUUAACUUUAGUUAACCAGAGCAAAGGCUAUGAAAUAAAGAACUCUGUUGAGUUUACUGGAAAUGGGGACUCCUUUCUUCAUGCUAACCAUGAACGACUUCAUACUGCAAUUAAAUUCCCUGCAAGUCAAAAACUCAUCAGCACUAAGUCCCAAUUCAUCAGUCCCAAGCAUCAGAAAACACGAAAAUUAGAGAAGCAUCAUGUGUGCAGUGAAUGUGGGAAAGCCUUCAUCAAGAAGUCUUGGCUAACUGAUCACCAGGUAAUGCAUACAGGAGAGAAACCCCACAGAUGUAGUCUAUGUGAGAAAGCCUUCUCCAGAAAGUUCAUGCUCACUGAACAUCAGCGAACUCAUACAGGAGAAAAACCUUAUGAAUGCCCUGAAUGUGGCAAAGCCUUUCUCAAGAAAUCACGGCUCAACAUACAUCAGAAAACACAUACCGGAGAGAAACCCUAUAUAUGCAGUGAAUGUGGAAAAGGCUUCAUCCAGAAAGGAAAUCUCAUUGUACACCAGCGAAUUCAUACAGGCGAGAAACCUUAUAUAUGCAAUGAAUGUGGAAAAGGCUUCAUUCAGAAGACGUGUCUCAUAGCACAUCAGAGAUUUCACACAGGAAAGACGCCCUUUGUGUGCAGUGAAUGUGGAAAAUCCUGUUCUCAGAAAUCAGGUCUCAUUAAACAUCAAAGAAUUCACACAGGAGAGAAACCCUUUGAAUGUAGUGAAUGUGGGAAAGCCUUUAGCACAAAGCAAAAGCUCAUUGUCCAUCAAAGGACUCAUACAGGAGAGAGACCCUAUGGCUGUAACGAGUGUGGGAAAGCGUUUGCGUAUAUGUCGUGUCUGGUUAAGCAUAAGAGAAUACACACAAGGGAGAAAGAAGAGGCAGCCAAGGUGGAAAAUCCUCCUGCAGAGAGGCACAGCUCAUUGCACACCAGUGAUGUCAUGCAGGAGAAAAACUCUGCUAAUGGGGUGACUACACAAGUGCCUUCUGUGGCCCCUCAGACAUCAUUAAACAUCAGCGGCCUCCUUGCAAACAGGAACGUAGUCCUUGUGGGACAGCCAGUGGUCAGAUGUGCAGCCUCAGGAGAUAACAGAGGAUUUGCACAGGACAGAAACCUUGUGAAUGCAGUGAAUGUGGUUGUGCCUUCCAUGAUCAAUUAUGUCUUAUUUUAUGUUACAGAAAACCCAUAGGAAGAAAACUCAGAUCUGUGUGGAAAAGGGUUGAGCAAAAAUUUGUAGUUCAUUAUGUGGCCGAAAAGCAUACACUGAGAGAACAUGUAUAAGGCUGAGAUAGCCUGAUAAACUCCUCAUCCUAUUAAAAUGUAUGCUGUGAUACACAGGCAAAAUCUGAUGUUAACCUAAGCACAUACACAGCAAUUGCUCGAUUGUGUCAAUUAAAUGAGUAAAGGAAGCCCAAGUACUUUUAAGUGGAGGAAAUGAAGUACUGUGAAUUUUUAAAAGAGAUGAGAUAAUUGGUGUCGGGAGUGUUGCAGUGACUGAAAAGCUUCAUAAGGGGCAGUUGGUGGGGAAGGGCUGAUACCGGAAUGGUGGAAUGUGGGACACAUAUAUGUCAAUUCAGUUUCCUUAGACCAGUGCCAGUGUGGAGGAUUAACUGAAAACCAGGACCAUAAACUUUCAGAACUUUGUAUUAUGCAGAGGGAUCUGUGAAACUAGUCAAUUUGUUUCAUUAAACAAAUAUUUUAAAAUUA